UCAGUUGUUAUUUAAUAAAUUUAUUUCUUUAUUUAGUUAUUGAAUAAAUCAAUGUUAUUUAAUAUAUUUACUAUUUACUAUUGAUAAUCCGUUUGCUCGGAUUCCUAUUUUUUUCCUUAGUACCUUUCAUACAAUUUAUCCUGUUCACUUUAAUUCGCGCUGCGUUUCUUUGAAUCCAGAUUAGGUAUCGAAAGCAAUCGUUACAUUUUCAUAAUUCUCCGAAAACCCCAUGUCGGAGCAUUUCCGUCGAGCGGCAUUGAAAGCUCAAGCGAGAGCGAAAGUAACGGCGACCGCCACUCAGCGCCCGCUAGUGAAAACGAAAUCGGGGAAACUUCGAUCGACCUCGCCGAAAAUUACGCACGUUGUAGCGCGAUGUAGAAUUAAUUAUUCAAAUAUGAAAUGCUGGGAAUUUGUAAAAGAUAUUUUCUACUUGAAAUUAAAGUAAAUCUAAAAUAAAUACAAAGAGCAUUUCUGUGAGAUGUUUCAGUUAAAAAAGCACAUUAUUCUGAAUACAAAAAGGUGAAAUUUGCAAUAAUAUCUAAUUAUAUUGUAUUAUAUUUGUUUCGAGCUUAAAUUAUGUCAUACUUAUAUGUAACAAAUAGCACUCGUUUUCGGACACACACUGGAUCACAUCCACACUGCACAUCCGCGUGUUCGCGCACAAGCAUGAUCAUACCGGGCCACUUCGUCGGCUGUUUUACUUUCUCCUCCUUCGCUUUCCCUCGAGAGGAAAAGCGGAUCAGACCUUGGUCGCCAUGGCAAUUACAUGGGAAUACCACCCUCUGCGAAUAUCAGGAAUACCGGAAAAAGCAUAGACUUGGUGACCUGACACACGAUGCAUUCGCGCGGAAAAAUAACGCAGGGACACGAUUUCAUUUCUAUAUGUCAUGUGUUUUUGUGUCUUCAUCCCUUAACUAUGGCAUAUGGUACGGUUAGAUCGAUACUGUCAGAUGGCAAAAUAAAUUUACAUAUAUAUGUAUAUAUGUAAAUUUAUUUUGCCAUUAUAUAUAUAUAAUGUACAAUGAUCAGAAUAACUUAUUGAUAACUUAUACGAAAAAUCAGAAUUGUUUAAAAUUCCAAUUUUGUUCGAGGAUUCUGUUAAAUUUCUAUGAUUUUUCUUUCUUUUAUUUUUUUUUUUCUCUCAAAUCCAUUUACUUAUUUUAGCAUUUGUAAGUGUCUCAUAUAUAUUUUUUAAUAUAUCAUGAAAGUUAUUGUUUAGCAACACAUAAAAUCUAAAGUUUAUAAAAAAUUAAUAUUUAAUCAAUUUUAUAAGGCGAUUAUAUCGCCACCAUAUCGAUAUCAUCCAUGAUCAGGCAAUCGAUAUUCUAGUCAAGUUUUAAUAACCGAAAAAAUAAAAUAUAUAUAAUUAAAAGAAUAAGAAAAACAUAAAAUAUGAAAAAUUGAAACUAUUAAAUAAUAAUCUGUCUUUCUAAAAAAAUUGAUUCCAGAUUAGCCGUACAGUCUAAUAUCGAUAAAUGUGUUAGAAACAAAACACAUUGUAUUAUAUUAGGGUAUUAUAUGAGGUGACCUCACGAAACAAAUCUUUGUCAACGCGAGAUCAUCGCUUAGUUCGGUGCGGACAGUGGUCCGUGGUAGUUGGAAUAUAAACAGCUUACGAACGAGAUCGUUCUUUCAGAGGGAAACUGACGAAUUUAGUUGUAUCAACGAGGUACAGAACAGGAACUGCAAAUUGUUCGUGCAUUCUGAGCGCUUUUAGACAGAAAAACAAGAUUCUCUGAUAGUGUGACACGAAAGAUUUCUUUGGAAUUUGAUCAGCAACUCCUGUCCCGCAAUGAAUCAACCAAAAUUGCCCCACAAAGGGGUAAAUCCGUCUACAUUUCUACUGCCUCUCGUCACAAAUUAUCAAAAUUUCGUGGAUUUCGUGGAGAAUCCAAACAUUAAAUAUGAUAUUCAGCCAAUAAUAAAGCAAACAAAACGAUCGUUUCAGUUGAUACGUGAGUAUCCCCAGCAAGACUUUCACAAUCUCAAAAUGCCCGAAAUCCCUGAUCAGAUCGAAAAUGCCAUAUCGCAAGAUUCUUCGGAUACCAGGCAAUUAGAUUCUGGUGACUCAAGUGACUCAAGUGUGCCGGUAUCCUCGGAUACCAAUAAUGUGUCAGACUUGUUUCUGGAAAAGCAUCUAGUGCAAAAUGAUCAAUCCAAUUCGAACUUCUCGACUUCCAAUCGAAAUGAGAACUGCCAGGAAAACGAAUUGCUGAAAGAUUAUGAGGAUAUUAAAAAUGAUAACAAAGAUUUUCAGAAGAUCGGUACGCUCGACGUGAACGACAACUACGUCGAACACAAAUCACUUGUGCCCAAGCAAAUUGUCUGUAGCUCGGCUCCCCAAGGGGAUGUAUCCAAAGCAUCAUCAAUGGAGGACCAAAUGUCUGAGUGUUCGCCAAACCAGCUGACAAACGACCAGAUGACAGACUACAAAAAUGAUCUGUGCAGCACCCGAUUGUUCUACUGUCAGACUUGCUGCAAGUCCGUGUCCGCGGAGGCAAUCAAUGUAGACUGCGAUCCUCAUUGCGCUCACAAUCAUGUGACGGUCGAUUUUAUGGAAUUCGUCAACACCGUGCACCGUCAAGCCGAAGAUGUGAUGCAGCAAGCCUGGCUCGGACUCGACGCUCUCACAGAAGAUAUAGAAAAUGCGAGGUUGGACAUUGAAACCUUAGAUCAGAGGACUAGAGAGGCAUUCAAUGAUGUGAGGCUGUUCUCGCGUAGAAUGUGGUCUGCUAUGGAAGAGAAGGAGAAUAAACUGUUUCAGCAAAUCAUAGACGCACAGCAACGGAAACUUGAGGUUCUCCAAGAAAAAUAUAAAAAUUUGAAUGAUGAUAAAGUCCGAUUAUCACAGGCCAUGAAUGCUCUCAAACAAACUGUCCACUAUGCGCAACCAUGCAUCAUCGCGGAUAACCCCGAUGACGGAAUUAGCAGAGUUUUGAAGAGCAAGGAUAUGGUGUUGGCUGAAAUCUGGCAGAUUCGUCAAAACUGGAAAACAAGGAUCGGAUCUGAUCGAAGUGAGAACUGGAUCUCGUUCAAGGGUUUCGACAAGAACCUACUUUUCGCGAUCGCCAAUGUAGGGAACGUCGUUCUAAACGAUCCAGGCACCAUCGGGGAUCGUCGGCCGAAUCGCGAUCACACGUCAUCACCCUUGUGUUUUCUCAACGAGACGAUUACCACGGGGAUUCCGCGCGGUCGUCCGAUACCGAAUUACGAUCACGACAUCGUCCUUCCUUACCGAAACAGAACCAGACUGUUGAUCUGGAGCACGGAGAUCAUGAUCGUUGGCAAUGACGGCGAUCGUGCCAAUCUGAAUAAUCUCUGUCGUCCAUGGGGAGUCAUUUGCGACACCAAGCACAUCUUCGUCAGCGACAGGUCUAACGAUCGCAUACAGGUCUAUAAUCAGGAUGGCACGUUUGUCAGAAGAUUUGGAAGUUCCGGCAACGGUCCUGGCCAAUUCAACCGUCCGGCCGGGAUCACCAUCGAUACAUGGCAUCGUAUCAUUGUAGCCGAUAAGGAUAAUCAUCGCAUUCAGAUUUUCACGACGGAGGGCGAAUUCGUGCAGGUGUUCGGUGAGAAGGGCGAAGCUUUCGGGCAGUUCCUUUACCCCUGGGACGUGACGACGAACGCGGCGGGCCAGAUCGCGAUUUCAGACACCAGAAAUCAACGUGUCCAGCUGUUCAGCCCGCAGGGCCAGUUCCUAUGCGUGUUCGGUGGCAAGACCAUGCCGAACGUGAUGAAAGAGUUGAAUUCACCGCGCGGGCUCUCCUUCACGCCCGAAGGAGAUCUCCUCGUCACCGAUUUCAACAAGCAGCGGAUGGUGCUGAUCUCGCACGAAUUUUCAAGGAUGCGCGUAAUCAACUGCGAAGUGGUGGAGGAGCAAGUUGGUGAUCACUGGAAGAGACGUAACGAACAGGAUGAUGAAUUGGACAUCAGCCAGCGAUACGAGAAUCAGACUCACACGCCGCUCCUGAGACCCCAGGGCGUGAUCACGGACGACAAAGGCAACAUCCUCGUCGCUGAUUCUCGUCACAACUGCAUACAGGCCUUCAACUCGUUCGGCUCGCUCUUGUUCAUAUUCAAACCGGGCCCGGAAGUGAUGGGGGUUCCGCUCUCCGUGGCCUUCCUGGGUGAUGGCAGGAUCGCGAUCGUCGAUGACCGAGAUCGCGUGCUGCUGGUAAGGCUGGAGAAUUGUCAGUUGCCGCAAAAGAGAUGAAGGCCUGAUCGUUUGGGUUGACACCCUAAAAAUCCGCUUAAGAUUCUGAUUGGGGCGAAUGUGAAAGCUCUUGGAGCUUCUCGUGGCUGUUUUAACGCGGACGUCUUCUCUUUGCGUGUCUUCCACGGCUGUAUCACUUCGAUGGAUUGGGACGAAAUCACUGACGAUGAAUGAAACGGAGAUGUAGCAAGAAGAGCGAGAGAGUUUUAUUGGCACUAAGUCCGAUUUGCCGAUCAGCGAAUACCGCAACGACUCUUAUGUUGGUGGCAGCUUAAUUAUCCACCAUUUUUUGUCUUGAAAUUGUCUAUUUGAAAGUGCGUGAUUUCCCUAAUAACAAGUUACACUAUCACUAAUUUACGCGAACGCCUACAAGCAAUUAUAUCUUCGCUCCAUCCAUGCGAUGUUUGAUGUUUUGUAAUUUAUAAUUAAUGUUUUUUUUUCUGUGUAAUAUACACAAAUCGAUGCACGCUUUUUGAAUAGGGAAAAUUAUUUGAUACUUGGUGAAGAAAUCUGCAUCGACCAUUAAUUUUUCUAAAAUUUUGUUCAUUUUUUGGUGAAUACUUAGAAAUCAGAUCUGCACGUUGCGGAAUUCGCUUUCAUUGAUUGCGCUUUUGGAAUUAAUCCCGUCUUUGCUUAUAUGAAAUUUAUACGGACGAUUCCUCACAGAUGCAGAGAUAUUUCCGUAUUGACGAUAUUGCUACAGAUUAUCAAUCAGGAUAAUCGUAACAGCAGGAUAAGUGCAUAUAGUUAAUAUAAAAGCACUAUUUAAAGAUAGUAUUACUAGUCAUAAUCUUCCAUAAUUUUAUGAUGGCUGUUAAGUUUUUCUCUUCUUAGUAAAUUUCUACUAGUAAUUAUAUUUAUUUUUUAUACUAUUUGUUUUACCGUUCAUUUUAUGAUAAUUCUUUACAAUAAUUUAGAAACAAAUUUUAUGACUAAUAUUAACUUAAUAUUAAGUUAAUAAAUAGAUAAUUUUUAUGGAUUCUUGUUGAAUAUUAUGGAAUCUUAUUGAAUAUUACAAUAACAGCAACUAAUUUUUAUAAUUUUCAUUUUUUUCUAUUGUUGCUUAAUAUAAGAGAAUUCUGAAAGUUAUCUUAAUAUAAUAUAGAGAAACGCUGUAUACACUGACCAUUUUAAACAUUAAUGUCCAAGUAUACACUCUUGCGUUGAACACAAGAAAUUUGCGAAAAGAGAAAAUCGUCCUAGAAGAAAUAUAAUUUUUUGUUACCUGAAAUUAUGACAAAAAGAUCUCAUCUAAUGAUGAAAAUAAUAAAUUAUGAGCAAGGUUUUUCUCGUAAUACAAAAGUUAAUGUGAUACAUAUGUGAUCUUAUCGGGGAAUAUUGUAUUUGUAUUAUUAAUUUAUGAACGACUAUAUUUAAUUUUCCUGGCAGUUUUCAUGUCAUGUGAUGUUCAAAAUUUCUUGUAACAUCCUAGAACGUUUGUUUGCAGAUUAAUAUUUUUAUAUUCAGUCAGGAAUCCUCGUUACUGAUUUAUUAUUUUCAUCGCUAGAUUUAUUUUUACAAUUAUAUGUAUUAUAUGUAAUGCACAGUAAAGCUUUGCGAUUGGACGGACGCAUGAAAUGCGCAGUAGUUUAGAUAAUUCUUCAUAAUUUUAAAAGAGAAAUCCAAAUAAUUCGCAAUAGAGACAAAAAGAGGACCGUAUACGCGCUAUACGGUUCAUAUGAUCGACUAACAACGCAUUGUUGAAAAGAAAAUAACGAUGAUAGAACUAAUUAAUGAAAUCAGUAAUUAAAAGUUAACAGUUGUAUCGUUACUAUUAUGUAUGGGCUCUUGGAUAUUUGAUCAUUUAUAUAAAUUGGGCAAAAGAUAGAGAUACGAUUUUAUAGAAUACUGUUCGUUUAUCUUUUGUGUUUUAUAAUUGUUUUUGUAAUUGCAAGUAUUCACAAAAUUGAGGUUCAGAUUUUUUAAAUUAAUUUUUUUAAUUUUGAGAACAGCCGCUUUUAUGUAGAUGUGCGUAUCUUAUACUGUGUAAACAAGUAAUAGGUGAAAUUCUGUUUUAUUUUUUUUAUUUUUAUUUUUUUUAAACAUAAAAUAAAACACAUCAUAUAUAUUUUUAAUGCAUCAGUUUAUUUUAAAACGUAUUAACAUUUCAACAUAGUAGAUUUGUUGACAUGGGAGAGUUGUUGGCUCUGCAAGUUAAGUAAGCGAGGAAAUAUCGGACGCAGAAUAAUAAUGAAGCAUCUUUGGAAUGAAAGAACGGAAAAAUGGAGAGGAUGAAAUCAACUUUUUAUUUCCGCGGAAUUGUUCGCGCGUCACGGUUCUCUCAAAUCUGAGGAAACAACAUAUAUUCUCUCGACAUGAAUUAAUUAGUAUCGUUAAAAAUUAUUGUGUAAGUUUAUUGUUAAGAUUAACUACCUAAUAAUGUUAGAUAUUAACGUUAAUCGUUAUCUCAGUUGAGGCGUAAAAGGUAGUACAAAAUAAAGAGAGAGCGAGAGAGAAAGAGAGAAAGAGGAAUAUGCAUAUACGCGUGCAGGUAUACGUGAAAAUUAUAAAAUUAUGAAGAUAUGAUAUGGAAAGAAUAUCAGAAAUCGCUUGUUAAGGGGAAAGGCAGUGGCAUGCUGAUAGUUUUUGCAGAUUGUUUGACGAAAUCUGGCUGAGAUUCUGGUUGAAUUGACAUGCUUGUGAUUGUAAAAAAAUACUCUUUUGCGAGUCAUACGACGCAGUCGUAUAUAUUAUCGUAUAUAUAUCAUAAGGAUACAUAGUCUGCCAACUCUCUCGGAUCCGUUGCUUUGAAUUUUUGCGAUGUUUCUUCCAACACUUUCCGCGUGUAAAUAAUUUGGAACUAGAGCAGCCAGUGUUGCAUAUAUUUACAAUUUGUAAUUCUAGCGACAAGAUAAGGAGCGCCAAGAGAUCUGAGAGCUGCUUAACUGUAUGUUGUUCUCUUAGACAUAAGCUGAUUCUUCUUCUACCUCCUAGCUGCUCCGGAUGACAUUGGCCGUUCCAAUUUCAUUGAAAUGGAAAGAACUUCCCGCGCUAGUCCCUUCUCCCUGUAGAUUACCCGAUUGAUCCGACAAAAUGUGACGUCUAGAAGAGAAAUAUUUUUAAUGAAAGGGAAAUGCUGGAACGGUGCUUCGCGCGGAUGGAAAAAAAUCAGAUUUUUUUGCGAGUGUCUCGCGCGCGAGAAAUAAAUUGGAGGGUCGCUCGAAUAUCUCUCACGCACACGAUGAUGGUGACAAUACGACCGCAUCAUGAGAAAGUCGCCAUUACCUCACAGCACGAGCGUCGCGUGUUAGUAUUCAAUGCGACGCGCGUUCGUGCAACGCCAAAUCCCGGCUGUGCUAAACACAUAUAAAGGAAUCACAAAGCGAAUCCACCCCGCGAUACAUAUGUACACAUAUAUCUGUAUCAAGGAAAAAUCGCGAUCCGUUUCAGUCAAUGAACUUUCGUGAUAGGAUCCGAGAGGGAUCGUGACUGACUUUCUUUGAACAAUCUUUCAUAAGUGUGAUUAGGGCAAAACUUUCUACGUGUGUUACACGACGUUCUGUAUGUAUCACGUCUAUCAUAUAAAAUGUUUGAUGAGAAUCAUCUCCCUAGGUCGAUCGCGCGUAGGUGGCCCCUGGGACCACGAAGUCGCAGGGGUGAUCCUCCCGUAAAAGCGAUGUGUGUAUCCCCCUUCUGUCACGCAUUAUUUUAAAGUAGCGUAUCUGCGCGACUAUUUUUACACCCCGUGUCAAAGUGCAUUUUAAGCAGAGCAUUUUGUAUGCGCGCGUUAAUUUUACGGCUGAUAAUCGCAACGACGCAAGCUCGUUUGAAAAACGAGCGAACAUUUGCGCUUGUUUCCACACAGAUAUAUCUCAUUAUGAAACGAAAAAAGAUAAUUGAGAAUAAAUAUAUGAAGCAAGACGAAAAAGUAGAGACCCUGAAAUUGCCGAAAAUAAGAAUCAAAAUCAACGGUGUAUUUGUCCGAGAAGACACUAAAAGAAUUUUCUUUGCAUUCCUUUUGCAUAUCAUGAAUCUGCUCAUACGAUAACUAUAUAGUCUGUUACUAGUCUUUUCUUUCAAGAAAAAUCAAUUUUCGUAAAGUGAUACUUUUUUAUGUCACAAUUAACAAUAAUUAACAGUUGUAUAUAUAGCGCACUUGGUAAUCUAUGCAUUUCCUUUAAAUGAUGAGAUAACCGAUAGAUGCUAAAGAAUGUAAAA